UGUGUGUGAGGGUGGGAGCCAGGCAUAUGAUAGCCUCUGUGGCUGUGUCUUGACAAUACACGUUUGCUGAAGAAUGCCUUCCUAGUCCCGAAACUCCUGCAGCAGCAGAAGCCGCUUCUCUCCACACAUCACUCCUCUUCUCUUGUCCGUAGCAAUGAGGCUGCGAUUCAUUCUUUUUCCUGAGCCUCCAGGAAAUGGCUCAGCUUGCCUGGCUCAUUCAUUUCCUUGUCAGGAAAGUCAGUGCAACCUUGACCAUCAGUGGGAGACCUGCAGCAAGCACAUCGUGUGUCCGGCUGGACUCACUAACGAUCGCAAAGUACUUUUGGCAACACACCAUGCUGAUAAGGAAACCUGUGUGGGUACCAACAAUCAAAGCUACAUCUGUGACACAGGACACUGCUGUGGACAGUCUCAGUGCUGCAACUACUACUAUGAACUCUGGUGGUUCUGGCUGGUGUGGACCAUCAUCAUCAUCCUGAGCUGCUGCUGUGUGUGCCACCACCGCCGAGCCAAGCAUCGCCUUCAGGCCCAGCAGCGGCAGCAUGAAAUCAACCUGAUCGCCUACCGAGAGGCCCACAAUUACUCAGCGCUGCCAUUUUAUUUCAGGUUUUUGCCAAACUAUUUACUACCUCCUUAUGAGGAAGUGGUGAACCGACCUCCGACUCCUCCCCCACCGUACAGUGCCUUCCAGCUACAGCAGCAGCAGCAGCUGCCUGCGCAGUGUGGCCCCACAGGCGGCAGCCCCCCGGGCGCCGAUCCCACCAGGGGCCCCCAGGGGGCGCAGAGCAGCCCCUUGUCGGGGCCCAGCAGAAGCAGCACGAGACCCCCGAGCAUCGCUGACCCUGAGCCCUCCGACGUGCCAGCCAGCACAGCAGCCACCAAAGCCCCUGGGAUGGAGCCCAGUGGCUCUGUGGCCGGCCUGGGGGAGCUGGACCCUGGGGCCUUCCUGGACAAAGAUUCCGACUGUAAAGAGGAGCUGCUGAGAGAUCACAGCUCCGAGCAAGGCAGCGCCCUCCCCGAUAGCAAAGACAAGACUCCCGGCCGACAUCGCCGCUUCACGGGUGACUCGGGCAUUGAGGUGUGUGUGUGCAACCGGGGCCACCAUGACGAUGACCUCAAAGAGUUCAACACGCUCAUUGAUGACGCUCUGGAUGGGCCCCUGGACUUCUGUGACAGCUGCCACGUGCGGCCCCCCGGCGACGAGGAGGAAGGGCUCUGCCAGCCCUCCGAGGAGCAGGCCCGAGAGCCCGGGCACCCCCACCUGCCACGGCCGCCCGCGUGCCUGCUGCUGAACACCAUCAAUGAGCAGGACUCCCCAAACUCGCAGAGCAGCAGCUCCCCCAGCUAGAGCAGGCCCUGUCUGUGGCCUGAGAACUUGGCACAGCAACCAGGGUAGGGGGGAGCAUCAUGACAGAAGCAUUAAGUGACUUUCAGAAAAAGUGGUACAGCCACUUCCGUUCUUUGCCCCCCGCCCCUCGCUCCUGCAUUUUCCUACGUCUCCAGCUGCAGCUGGGGGUGUGGAUGCCUCUCUGCCCACAGGAGCACAGCGUUGUGGAGGGCUGAGAGGUUGGUUCGUUCUGUGACUCAUUCCUCAUAUCCCACCCUGUCCCCCCUUUUCUCUUUUCAAGUCAUAUCUCAGUACCUGCUUGGGUCAGAGAGAUGUGUGUUUCAGAAGCCCCAAGGAGGGGGCUGAGACUGUGCCCUGAGGUGACUUUGGUGGUGGAGUGGAUUUAUGCUCUGGUGUUCAUUUAAGAGAACUUUGCUGUGUCUCAGCCUGGGAGAGGUGGCAGGUCUCAGCCCUGGGUGAAUAAGGAAGGCCGCAGAGGCCCAGGGAUUGUCACCCCUCGCUGCCAAUGUCUGCAGAGCCAGAACUGGGCUCGUCCUGGGGGAAGAGGAGAGCUGAUAGGCAGUUGUGUGGUAGGUUGGUGGGGGGCUUGCUGCUCUCAGAUUCCAGGUGAUCAGGUCAGUGUACCACUGGGCAUCCUUGAGGGGCCCUUCCCAGCAGGUUUUGGCUGGCCACAAGACUGGUUCAGUGUGGAACAUCACAUCACCUUCUUUUUGGUUUCUCUUUAAACAACAACAGAGCUGAAAACAAGAACUUUAUCAGUGGGGGCAGGCCAAAAAAGGGAAGUCUGUGGCUCUAUCCCAAGUUGACCUUUAAAGAGCCUGGCUGCCUUUGAGCCAGGAGGAGAUGCUUCCUGGGCAGGCUUGGGGCUAUCUUGAACUUCUGUGGAACCGCAGGAGGCCCUAAGCCGUGGCAGUGGAUCUGGGUGCAACUCUCCGCAUCUCUAUCCUUUGCUCUGUGCCUACGGGUGACCAGGGUCCUCCCCCACCCAAACACACAGUCCGCAGGCCUUCAUGUCUCGCUGUUCUCUAUGAACAAAUGAGGCUGUGGGUCCUCAGAAAGAGUGGUCCCAUAGCCUGGCUUUUACACAGUAUUUUCUCUUGAUUCUGAAUACGUUCUUCUGGGGUUUUUUUUGUUUUUGUUUUUUUUAAACUGACCACUCGGAAAAAAGAAAUGCCUUGGUUAUCUGUGGUUUUCAUGCCCUUCCCAGUCCUUCCCCAGCCCCCUUUUUGAGUGGGGUAACUAUUUUUGUAGCCUAUGUAAAGAGCCUAAGUGGCCCCGGUAGGAGGGUGAAGGCAGUGGUCCAGAAGGCCUGCAGGAUCCUUAUUACUGUAGUUGAGCUUUGAUAGGAAUAACCUGAAUGGAAAAAGCAAACAGCUAAAACUAACAUUCCCUGUCCAGUGCUGUUCAUAUGAAGAGUUUGGUUCUUUCCCCCUCUCUCGAACGAUGAUAUUCACAUUAGGCAUUGACAUUGCAGUAAGAAAGGAAAUAUAUAUAUAUAUAUAUAUAUAUAUAUAUAUAUAUAUAUAUUUGUACAAAAAUAGACAAAUCCAAGUCUGUGAGGUGAACAAGUGUCUGCGUUUGGAGUCCACAAAACCAAAAUCCAUGUUGAACAAAGUGAAGUCUGUGUACAAUGACUUUUUGGAUAACCUUUGUGUGUCUGUCCAUUGUGUGUGAGCCCCCAGCCCUGUUUUCCUGUGAAUAUACUUUGAAUGGCAGCCAUUGUGCUCACGUCAACCACAUGUUCGGAGCAGAAAUGGCGCUCUCAAGGUAAUUUAUUUUACACAUUUACUGUUUACUGAACAAACGUCUGACUGUGUACUCGGGUGUAUCCAGCAGCAUUGUCAAUGGCAGGCCUCCCCCCCCCCCCCCCCCAGCCCCGCGUCUGCCAGAGACAACUGUGCUCGAAGUAGAGGCUUUCCUCUACCCAUCACUGCAAUUUGCACAUCGCUCCGUGGACACUCGGAGGCCUGUGUUCUGUUCCCUGUAAAUGGAAACGUGCUCUGAACCUGUCUGUCCCCCUUGGCGCCUCCUGGCCCUAGGUGUCAGCCCCCAGGGGGUGUUCAAAACCACUCGGCACAGAAGGCGAAGGCGGAACUUCAGACAGAAGCUUGAUUGGAUCUUCAGUGACAAGCUUGGACUAGCUGUGGCCCAGACGUCAGCCCUGUGCCCGGAAUUGUCAGGAGAGUUUGGGAGACACCACAGAGCCAAAGGGCUUACCUCUCUCUGCCGAGGUCCAGUGUCGUGCAAGCAAGCCCGUGUGUGGCAGGAAUGGGUGGGAGUGUGUCAGCAGCCCUCAGAUGCCUUUCCUUCCACCGUUGUUGUUGUUGUUGUUGUUGUUGUUUUUUAAAUAAAAUCCCAAACAACUCACUGAAGGAUUCACCAGAAUGAAUCCUUCUUCAGUUAACUGAUCAAAUGGAUGAAGCCUAGCCCUCUCAAGUUUCCUUCCCCAGUUGGGAGUGGGGAACUGGCCUGCGUGUUAACUGUUGGGGUCACUGCAACGUCCUGCCCUAAAGGCAUGAGAAGAAGAAAAUGGAGCUGCCGGAGCCGGGCUUGAUUCCAGGGGUCACAGUCCGGCCCCUGCCAAGGGGGGGGGGGCUCCCCUGCCAGGAGAGAGGUGGAAAUAGGGAGCUGAAGGACUAGUCAGGGGGCCAGGGAGAUUUGACUGAAUCUGGUUUUCCAGGUGAACAAGAAGGAAGGGGUUGGUCUGGUCGAGGGUUUGGUGCUACAGUCAGAAGAUUUGCAAAUGCUAACACAUUCCUGUGUGAGGCACAUCACCAUUUGUCAGUUCUUGUGAAUAUGUGUAUUUUAAGCAAUAAGAUUCAGCUGGUCAGACUUUUCUGGGCAGUCUCGGUGACGCAUUUCCUGUGCUGUGAUUGUUCUGAAGACAGAGUGGCUCUAACCACUGUGAGAAGCCCAAAUAAAAUCGAUCCCAAAAACG